AUGGACGUUGAUAAUGCUGGUGUUGCUGAAAAUCAUCUCAAAGAGUGUUUUUCACUUGUUUGGAAGAACCCUUAUGUUCUUAGACUUGCUUUUUCUGCUGCAAUUGGUGGCCUUCUCUUUGGCUAUGAUACAGGUGUGAUUUCUGGUGCACUGCUUUACAUCCGUGAUGAUUUCUCCUCUGUUGAUCAGAAAACAUGGUUACAGGGUAUCAUCGUGAGUACUGCAGUUAUAGGAGGAAUACUGGGAGCAGCAAUUGGAGGCUGGACCAAUGAUAGAUUCGGAAGAAGAUUUUCAAUUUUAAUAGCAGAUGCCUUGUACUUCUUCGGUGCUGUAAUUUUAACUUGGACACCAGGGCCGUCACUACUUAUUGUAAGACGUGCUUUUGCUGGUCUCGGUGUUGGGCUAGCAUCAAUGACAUCCCCGCUCUACAUAUCAGAAAUUUCUCCGGCUGAAGUACGCGGUGCACUUAUCAGUAUCAAUUGUUUUAUGCUUACUGGAGGCCAGUUUCUGUCAUGCCUCAUCAACCUAGCAUUCACCCAUGCACCUGGAACUUGGAGGUGGAUGCUUGGGGUAGCAGGAGUUCCUGCUUUAUUGCAGUUCAUACUAAUGUUUUUCCUUCCAGAAUCACCGCAAUGGCUUUACAAGAAGGGAAGACAAGCAGCAGCUGAGGCAACACUGAGAAAAAUAUACCCUGCUGAAGAAGCAGAUAAAGAAAUACAAGCAUUGAAAGACUCAAUUGCAGCAGAAACCAAUAAUGAAGAAGGAUCAUCAGAAAAAAACAACAUUGUUAAGUUGCUAAAAACAAAGACGGUAAGGAGAGGACUCAUUGCAGGAGUUGGUCUUCAGAUGUUUCAGCAAUUUGUUGGCAUAAACAUAGUUAUGUACUACAGUCCAACCAUUAUUCAGUUAGCCGGUUUCGCAUCAAACCAAACAGCACUUGCUCUCUCACUUGUAACUUCAGGUCUUAAUGCAAUGGGUUCGAUUGUCAGCAUUUACUUCAUAGACAGAACAGGGAGGAAGAAGCUUCUGAUCAUUAGUCUAUGUGGCCUCAUUCUUUCACUUGGAGUUUUAUCAGUUGUCUUCUAUGCAAGUACAUCACACCCACCCAGAGUUAGCACAAUGGAAACAUUCCAUUUCUCUCCUUAUACCUGCCCAGAUUUCCGUUUGGCAACUACUACUAACUGGGAUUGCACAAAAUGCCUCAAAGCUUCUUCUCCGGACUGUGGAUUUUGUGCUUCCAAAUCAAACAAGUUAUUCCCAGGAGCAUGUUUGAUGUCAAAUGACACAGUGAAAGACUUAUGCCAAAAUGAAGGAAGACUAUGGUACACCAGAGGAUGUCCAAGUAAACAUGGAUGGCUAGCUCUGAUUGGAUUAGCCUUGUAUAUCAUAUUCUUCUCCCCAGGGAUGGGAACGGCGCCUUGGAUUAUGAACUCAGAGAUAUAUUCCUUGAGGUUCAGAGGAGUCUGUGGAGGAAUUGCAGCAACUGCUAAUUGGGUUUCAAAUCUAAUUGUUGCACAGUCUUUCCUUUCGCUAACACAAGCCAUUGGGAUUUCCCUGACAUUCUUGUUUUUUGGUACGAUUUCUGUUGUGGCAUUGCUUUUUGUCAUGGUUUUUGUGCCUGAAACAAAAGGACUGGCAAUUGAGGAGGUGGAGAAGAUGCUUGAGAAGAAGGAUGUCCAUUUUGUGUUUUGGAAAAGGCAGGCGGGUUAAUCAGAGAAGAAAGCUGUUAUUGACAUAUACAUGGUGGCACAUUUCUAUUUUAGUGUUCAACAUAUUAUUAUC